CUCCCUUCGCAGACAUCCAAGCUCAAGGUGGUAACUUUGCAGGAGAUCGAGUUUAUUAGAGAGAUUUGCUUGGUUCAGAUCAUUCGUGCGCCGCAAAUCCAAUGGCAAGUCUUGAUAUUGAUUUGGAUAGUAUCUCGAGGGAUAUGGUGUUGGUUAUUGGAGAUGAAAAGUAUGGAAAUGCAUCAACAAUGAGUCACGAGGCUGUGAUUGAAUUGAAGAAUUCCAUGACGGAUAUAAUUGCUCUAAUCUCCAAUGUGGCUAUUUCUAAAGCAAUUGGAGAGCAUAGGAAUUUACUGCCCAUAAAUGAAAUGCAAAGAUCUAUUGCAACACAAGGAGUGAACGACAAUUUUAUCGUUACUACUGAACAUGUGCAAUUUGCACUGGGAACUCUUGGCUUGGAUAUUAUGACGACGCCUUAGCUUGGAAGAAUUUGCUGGGGCAAUUUCCACUUGAUUCUGUUUUGUUAUCUCGUUAAUCAUUAGUUCAUUUGGUUGUGUAUUGCUGGAAAAAUGUCACUUUUUACCUAAUUUCUCUGGACUGUUAACAUUGCUGGGAUUGUUUCCACUUGAUUCUGUUUUGUUAUCUCGUUAAUCAUUAGUUCAUUUGGUUGUGUAUUG